AUGCCCACCAAGGUUUUUCUAGCGGGUUUGCAGCAGCCUGCACGAGCUCAGAAGAGCUCCACGGCACACCGCUCCGAGACCGAGACCGGCGGGCCAGCUAUCGCAGCUGCCGCCAGGAGAUGUUCCGGGAUGGCGACGCAGGUGUUGAUCGCCCACACGGGCCAGCGCCUGCAAGUGGACACGACGCAGUUCUCCGCGCUUGAGGAACUCAAGACAUGGAUCGCGAGGAGCACGUCGAUACCGGCGCAUCAGGUUGUCGCUUUGACUUCUCAGGGUCGAGCUGUGAAGCUGCAGAGUCUGCACCAAGAGUCGGAGAUCUACGUCUACGACCUCCGCGUAUCCUCCCCGACCUCCCCCGGCGCGGCCUCGUCCCAGAAGUCCGAAGUGCCCCUCCCCAAGCGCUACUCCGUCCCGACCGCACCGAACUACAUCGGCAACAUCCGCGUGCUCUCCGAAUGGCACGCUCUCUAUAAGGAGCGCCAGACCUGGGCCCUCGGCAUCGUCGACGACGCGGCGCGCAUGGCCGCGCAGGUGCAGGAGCGCUACGGCGAGAUGGACGUCAUGUUCAAGUGCCUCGAUGUCGCGGUGACGAACCUGGAGAUCAGCGUCAAGCAGAUCGAACCCAAGUACACGGAGCUGAAGAAGUGGGUCGACCCGUCUCUGGACGAAUACGAGCAGCUCGCCGACGGCUGGGAGCGUUGCCUGGCCGUCGCGCGGAGCGUGCCCAUAUCGCCCGCCAUGGUCCGCUUCAUGACCUCUCGCGACAUCAAGAACAAGCAGACCACCCUCGAGGACCUGAUCGACCUCGACACGGCCAGGAAGUCGGGCAAGCUGGCGCCGACGUCGCUGAGGAAGUUCAGCACCAGGGCGACGGAGCUGGACAAGGCGGCCCAGAAGAUGUACGCGGGGCUCGACAAGCUCUGCGAGGAGAUGGACGGCCUGGUGGCGCGUUCGGCGCUGUCGCGGAGCGGGGAGGCCCCGCAGCUGCUCCAGGACAUCGAGGCCGUGGCCAAGAAGAUCGACACGGACUACAACGCGAUGCUGGAGUACGCCGACACGCAGGCCAACGUCUCGCAGGCGUCGCGGACAGCGGAGAACCACACGUCGCGCUUGAUUCCCAGCCUGAAGAAGCGCGUCUCGGAGAUGGACGACAUGCUGCAGUAUGCCACGCAGGCGCGCAACGCGAUCGCAGGGGACUCGGUCGACUUUAUGCGGAAUAUCAGUGAGAUUACGACGGUACACAGCAGCGUUAAAAAUCAAAUCACGGCGCUCAAUCAGGCCGUGGAUAUCAUGGCGACGUUCGACUACCUCAGGCUCAUCAAGGAGGUGCCGUUUAUGUACGCCUCUUUCGCCUCAGAGGCGAUCCGCCGCCGGGAGUGGGGCGACAAGAUCAAGACGGACUCGUCCACGCUGGCCAACGAGAUGGCGCUUUUCCGGGAUGAAGAGUCGAAGAGACGGCGGAAAUGGCACAAGAUGAUCGGCAGCACGUACGGCCGCGAAAACUUGGAUGCCAACAUCCUUGGUCUCGAAGUCAACCUACUGGGCGAGGAGGAGGCGUGGCCGAGCAUGGUCAAGCGCGAUCUGGAAGAAUUCUUGGAGCAUUUGCAGAGACAGCAGGCCGAUGUUUCGAUUAUUGAGGACGUUACGAAGCUGGCGAACGAACUGAACAGCCCGACGAAGCAACAAUCGAAGAGGCUAAAAGCCUUCAAGAACGGAAGUGUUCACGAGACGGCUCUCGGACGUAGUGGUCUCAUGAUCCGCGGCGAUGAUGAACUCUUGCGCAGUCUGCAGGACGACAAAUCCAAGCUCGAAAACAAGCUCAAGACUUCAGAAAGUAGAGUGCGGCGGUUGGAGGACCUGCUUCACAGGCAAAGCCAGGCGUCACGACCUGGCAUCGGCGGUCUGUUCGGCCACGAGAGGAACGACUCCACCAACUCGAUCAAAUCCACGGCACCCGCAGAGGACAACCGGCGCGCAUCCGGCAACUCAGAGGCUCUCUUGCAAAGGAUACAGCAGCUCGAAGGCGAACUGAGCGCCGAGAAGGAGAAGUCGGCCACACUCGAAAAGGACCUGAGCACCCGGACUACUGAGCACGACGAAGCGAAAGGGCAGAUGGAGGAGGCCAACGCCACUAAGAAGGAACUUCUCGGAAACAUGGAGGCUUUGCAAAAGGAGUUUGUCGAAGAGCGAAAGUCACUCGAAAACGAAAUCAAGGGGCUUAAGGCGCGUCUUGAAGAGACUGAGGACGAUAUCGAAAACUUUGGCGAAUCGAGGGAGAACGAAAAGGCGACCUACAUCGAGCGGAUGCACGAGAUGGAGUCCGAGAUCGAGAGGCUGCAGAAGGACCAGAAGGACGAGGCACUCAAGACCCAGGGCCAGGUCGAGUUCCUUCGUAACGAGGCGCGUCUGCAAAGAGAGCAAAACGGUCUUCUCGAGCAGCAGCUCCAGGCGGCGAACGAGGAGGCGAAGAAGCUGUCGAAGAAUUUGAGCUCCACGCAGGAGACUGCCGACUCGCAGCUGAAGGCCCUUCGCGAUAUUCACGAUCAAUUGUCUCCCAAUGACGAUACGACGGAGGAUCUCAACGAUCUCAUCGAGGCGCUCGUCUACAAGGCUACCGACGUUGCUGCGAAGCUGAAGACCCUUGAUAACGACAGGUCUAUCCUCAAGGCUGAUCUCGAGCAAGCAGAGGAGCAUGUCAAGAACUUGAAGGCCGAGAUGAGCGAGACCAAGGACAAGCUCGCUGCCGAGGAAGAAAAGUCGAGAUAUCUCAAGGAGAACUUGGAUGAAGAGAAGGCACGGGUGUCUGCUCUUGAGAAAGAGGCUGCCGAGAGCAGAGAGCAGCUCGAUCAGCUCCGUGGCCAGAUUGCGGACGGCGAGACGGGUUCAGAAAGUCUCAGGAAGAAGCUUGACGAGGAAGAAGAGCGGAUCAGCACCAUCACGGAGGAGCUUGCUUCUAGACAGUCUCAGGUGGGCAGUCUGGAGGAGGAGCUACGUCUCUACAAGGAGAAGCUGCAAAACUCUCAGGCUAAGCUUUCGACCGUCAGCAGCCACUUUGAGUCCAGGUCGGAGAAGACCAAGGACCUGACGCAACGUCUGUAUUCCCAGAACGAUCGCCUCUGCCGCCUCUUGGAGCGGCUGGGAUUCUCCGUAACCCGACAGGACUCGACGAUGACCAUCCAGAAGGUCCCCAGAUCCGAGAGAGGAACAAUGAGCCAGAUCCAGAACGCCAACGAUUCUUCUGACCCGGCACAAUCCAUGAUCCGCCGCUCCGGCAUGCUCACCAGUCGCACCUUGGCCGAUAGCACCGACCUGGACCUGUUGUACUGGAUGAGCCCGACAGAUGCAGACGCAGAAUCUGACAAGUACGAGGCCUUCAUGACCAAGGUGGGCAGCUUCGACAUGGAUCUGUUCGCCGAGACGGUUUACAGACGCGUUAAGGACGUCGAGCACCUCGCACGUAAGCUUCAACGCGACGCGCGCGCUUACAGGGAGAAGGCGCACACCCUCCAGAGGGACUCGCACGAGAAGAUCGCGUUUAAGGCGUUCAAGGAGGGUGACCUGGCACUGUUCCUACCGACAAGGAAUCAGACAGCCGGUGCUUGGGCGGCGUUCAACGUAGGCUUUCCUCACUACUUCCUGCGCGAGACCGACGCCCACCGACUCCGCUCCCGCGAGUGGCUCGUCGCCCGCAUCACCCGCAUCCAGGAGCGCGUCGUGGACCUCUCCAAGAGUCUGCACAAGCAGCUACCCGAUACCGACUCGGUCAACGGCGAAGCAGACGAUAACCCCUUUCAGCUGUCGGACGGUUUGAGAUGGUAUCUGAUCGACGCCCACGAGGACAAGCCCGGCGCGCCUGCCACUCCCGGCCUGGGAAAGUCGACGAUAGCCACGAAUAAUGUCGAAGCCAUGGCGGACAUGCACACUCACGCGCAGGCAAACGGCAAGGACAAGCAUCGGGCAAGCACCCACAGCAUCGAAGGCGUUAGCAAGGCCCUUAGCAAGAGCCUGGAAAGCCGCCGGAGCAGCUCCAACUCCAAGAAGGCGCUUCCCUUCGUCGGCAUCGGGGGCGCUGCGCUGCUUAAGGGUAACGCGCUCGGCAGCGAGACGAACUCCCUCCGCGCCGUCGCGCCGGAGACGCCCACGGGUACCAGCCCGCCCCAGGGAGGACUGCACGGGUUGGCGAACGGACAAGAUCAGGGGCAGGCUUCCACCAGCCCGCCGCCGCAGACCGAAGGCCAGCAGCCCGCGCAGGCGGGUGAUGAGAGGCCCAGGUCGCCCGAGGUACGAAGCAUGAUCGAUUCCCUCGUCGGACCGUGA